AUGUUCGCACUUACACUCCUUUACACCACACUCCUUUCACUCUUCUCCCUCCCCGCCCUUGGGCAUACCUUCACACUCAACAAUCAGUGCGUCUACAACGUCCCUCUUUACGUCGAUUCCUGGCCCGGGAGCGUCGCGUACACCGGGUCGAAGAAUCUCAAACUCCAACCGGGGCAGAGUGCACAGGUUGAUAUACCCCAGGGAUGGAACUCGAGGAUAUGCCAUAAUUAUGAUUGUGGGAACUGUUGGGGGCAGGAGAGCAUGGUCGAGUUUAACAUGGACGUAAACGGUCUAGCAUACUACGACAUCUCCAACAUCGAAGGGUAUACCGUCCCGCAAGAGAUAGUUCCCAGCUCCGGCGAAUGCGAAACCGUGACCUGCACGUCCGCUACUUGCCCGUGCGACCAGGCUUACCCGAUAGGAAACGAAAAGGGAUGCGGUGCGGUGAUCGAUUUACCUGUCAAGGCGUGUAGCACCCAGGAUUUCACGAUUGUUUACUGUCCUUGAGAGAUUUGCAGAGGUUGAUAUUGCGCAUACCCUGCUUCUCGUUAUCUCAUUGAGAGGCAUUGGAUGCCUUGGAUGCCGUGCGUCCCCUUUCCGGGUGCGGUGCGCCCAUGGCACUCUGUCGUGCAGAGAACAUUUGACUUACUUGUUGGUCGUU